AAUAGGCAUGGGACGAGCCCCAUAAGAACUGGAAUUCUCAUAGGAAUCGGUGAACAAUGAGGAUUCUAAGAAACAAAGUAAUUCAACCCUUUUAGAUUUUCGUCACAAAUUAGGGGAAAAAAAGGGCUCCUUUUGCCACAGUUCAUUGUUGAUUCUGUAAACGGCAAAUCGAUAUAUUAACCCCAAGGGGAGGUGAAGAAAAAGGAUAAUAUAAAAAAAAAAGAAGAAGAGAAGAAGUUGGGGGCAGCUGGAGAAUUGAAAUGUGUGUGAUUCUGGAAGAAGAGGGAGGUGAUUUUGCCGAAAGGGUGCCGGUGCCGCCGCCUAACUUUGCCACCGUCGAAGAUAACAGCGUUUAUCGAUCUGGGUUUCCUCAGCCCUCCAAUUUUUCUUUCCUUCAAUCCCUUCAUCUCAAGUCCAUCCUGUGUUUGUGUACGGAACCGUACCCUGAAGGAAAUCUUGAGUUUCUGAAAUCUAAUAACAUAAAGCUUUUUCAGUUUGGAAUUGAUGGCACUAAGGAACCAACAUCUAUUCCUAGGAGUACAAUAACAGAGGCUUUAGAAGUCUUAAUUGAUGUGAGAAAUCACCCCAUCUUGAUUCACUGUCGAAGUGGAAAGCAUCGGACCGGUUGUUUGGUCGGUUCCCUCAGAAUAUUGCAGAACUGGCGUUUAUCAUCUGUGGUCGAAGAGUACAAGCGUUAUGCCGGUGCAAAAUCAAGGUUAACUGACUUGGCAUUUUUGGAGAAGUACGAUGCCUCGUCCCUAAGGCAUUGUCUUCAGAACCUUUUGUAUCAGUACCAAGGUUACGGAUCAAGGAAAAGGCGUUUGCUGUACAAAGAAGAGCUUGUACAGAAGCCGCGAAUAACUUCUGCUUAGAUGUGAUGUCCCCAUCCUGGUUUUUGUUGGAUAGGAUGGCCUCCUUCCGAGAAUUAGCAACUAGAGAUUCUUUAUUCGAAAAUGCUGAUUCUUCUGCACAUACAUUUGAUAGUCGGGUGUCGUUCGUGGUUCUUACUCCUUUUGACUUUUCUGAAUUACUCAGGGGGAAUUGUGGUUGAAUAAAAAGAAAAAGUAAGCUAUAGAGUUUCCUUUUCGGGGUUGUGUGUAAAUUUGGUGUUCUUUCUCUCUCGAAUCUUUUCAAAUUUCCCUUAUUUGGUUCAACAAAGAAUUAAUAAAGAAGAAUCCAUAAUCAAACCAAGAGGGAGUUGACCGUAAGUAAUUUACCGAUCUUUAAAUCCCACGUUAAAAUUAUGUUGUGAAUGGAACUUGACACCUACUUCUAAUAAUUAUGAAACUUUCCUAAUGAAAUCCAACGGUCAGAACAAACACUAAAAUUAUUAAUUAAUAAUAAUAUCAAGAGAUUAUAUAUCAG